UCCUUAAACCGGAAUCUGCGGUUCUGAAACUGUAGCCACGUGUACUUUCUUCCACAAUAUAGUUCAAUGCAUAAGCCCCUUCAGGCACACGAACACGCGCAGUAUCAAAUUCCGGCUGUCUUCUAACCAGCUUUUCUAGCUUCCCCCGUGAGCAUGGCCGGAGGAAACCCUCCGAAACCACCUUCAAACAAGCCACCCAAUCGUCCACCACCCUCAUCCCACCGCAACAAAUCCCACAGGGAAUCCUCCGCCACCACCACUCCCUCUAAUAAAAAACCCUCCACCUCCGAACCCGGUAAACCAAAACCCAGCUCAAAUAAUCCCAAACCCCCAACCCCGAAACCCAAACCAAAUAAAUACACCAAUAAACCAUCUCCAAAACCCUCUUACCCAUCUCCCAAUCCCGACCAGAAUCGGCACUCCAAGCUUCCCCCUUUCCCUUUCCUGGACCCACCUCCACCACCUGCUUAUGGAUACCACUUGCUGGACCGCCGAACUAUUGUCUUGGCCGACGGCUCCGUCCGGUCUUAUUUGGCUUUACCCCCGGAUUAUCAGGAUUUUACUUCAUUGCCACCGCCGCGCGAAUUCCGAGGGCCGGGUAUCACGUUUGAUAGGAAAAUCCCGAUGAGCCCGGAUUUUCGUGGGCCUGAAUUUCGGCCUGAAGUGGGUGGAAGGGGUGAUGGGUUCAUGAGGAGUUGGAGCCAGGAGCAUAGAACUUUGGGUUUUGAGGGGCGGGGAAAUGGACCUGGAAUGGUUGAAGGGCCCCGGCCAGGAAUUGGGCCCGGUAACUUGACUAAGAGAAAGUUUGGAGAUGAGGAAAGAGAAGGGAGAGAUGGUUUUGAGAGGCAAAGGCAACAGCUUUUGCAGUAUGGGAAGGCGGAUGGAAACUUAGGUGGGAUGCCGGGGGCAAGUAGAGGGUAUAUGGGAAAAGGGGAGGAAAUGAGGGCUGCGAAGUAUAUGAGGACCGAUGAAGUUAAUGUAGGUAAACUUAAGCAUAAUGGGAUUGAUCAAGUUGCGUUAAAGAAAGCGUUUUUGCAUUUUGUGAAGAUUAUUUAUGAUGAUCCAAAUCAGAAGAAGAAGUACUUGGCAGAUGGAAAGCAAGGUUCUUUGAAGUGUAUUGCUUGUAAAAGGUCGAAAGACUUUUCAGAUAUGCAUGGUCUCAUUAUGCACGUUUACAGCUCAGAUCAUGCUAACUUGAUUGUGGAUCACUUGGGCUUACACAAGGCUUUUUGUAUACUCAUGGGAUGGAAUUAUAGGACUCCUCCCGAUAACUCAAAGGUUUAUCAGUUUCUGUCUGCUGAGGAAGCAGCAGCAAACUUAAGUGAUCUUAUUAUCUGGCCACCCUUGGUGAUAAUUCAUAAUACAAACACAGGGAAAGGUAGAGAAGGUCGCACAGAGGGUUUGGGAAACAGGGCAAUGGAUAAUUACCUCAGAGAUCUUGGAUUUCAAGGUGGCAAGUCAAAGACCUUGUACUCGAGAGAUGGCCAUCUGGGCAUUACUCUGAUUAAGUUUGGUGCUGAUCAGUCAGGUUUGAAGGAGGCUGUGCAGCUGGCUGAAUAUUUUGAAAAAGAAAAGCGUGGGCGAAAUGGUUGGGCCCACAUUGAGUCGUUGAAUUUAGGCAAGGAUGAUGAUGAUAGUAAUCCAAACCUUGUUAAGGUGGAUGAGAUGACAAGGGAAAAAAAGAGGAUCUUUUAUGGCUAUUUGGCAACUAUUACUGACAUGGACAAACUUGAUCCCGAUACUAGGAAGAAAAGUGUGAUUCAGAGUAGGAGGGACUGGAUGCCUCCUAAGUAGCAUUAUGCAGGCAAUACAAGAUAUUGGUUUGAUUUUGAAUCGUUAAUUUUGCUUCAUGAUAUUUGAAGCGUUAAUUUUCUUCAUGAAAUUUGAAGCUCAUUUAACCUCACACCUACUAGAAAAGUAUGAAAAAGCAAUAUGAUGAAGGUUGCUUGGUUCAACUUUUUGGGCAGGGAAGGUUUAAUGUCCACUUCUUUGGAGCGAGAUCACUUAGAAAGAUGUUAAUCAAUUAGAUUUGCUUGUAUCUUUGCCCUGAUUCUGUCUGUGGCGGUAUCAUUGUGUGUCAUCAUAGUCAUACAGGGGCUUUGAGGUUCUGCAAUGUAGUGGAAUUUGAUUUUGCAGUUAGUGGCGGCUAAUGAUGAAUUCCCAUGACUAAAUUUGCUGCAGCUCUUUACUGCUUUGAUGCAGGAAGCCUAGCUUGCUGUUUCUUUUGUUUGAAUUUGGUAUUAGUAGUCUUAAAAUCCUCCUUGAUUCCUCUCCACCUCGGCCUGUGGUAGCACUGUUCUUUAGGUUGCCCCAGCUCUUAGUGCUUUGAUGCAGGAAGCCUGACUUCCUGUUUCUUUUGUUUGAAUUUGGUAUUGGUAGUCUUAAAAUCUUCCUCGUUUCACCUCGACCUAUGGUAGCACUGUCCUUUAGGUUCAAUCUUUUCGGUUGGGAAAUGAAAGCAGUGGUGCAAGUUUGUUCUCGCGACACAGUUAUCUCCUUGUGAAUUGUGCGAGUGCUUUUUUUAGAACUAUCGCCAAUAUGUGAGGAGCUAGUUCUGCAAGAUCAUAUGGGUUUAUACUACUGCUACUACUAUGUAUGCCAAUUUGGUGAAUCCGAAGCCCAUAAGACCUGAUAUUUCUUUUCUUCAUUUUUGUGCAAUGGUGCUUCUGGUGCUCUGAUUGAAGGAUGCAUUGAUGCCCUUUUCAUGGGGUUGAAACUGUUAAUAGUUAACUGGUACAAAUGGGAGAUGCAUAAAGAAAUGCAGCUUCUUCCGGUAUAACGUAACCCAACGGUUGGUAGGUUUGGUAAAUGAAUGCUAGUCUCUUUUUUUUUGGUUCUUUUCGUACAGUUGGUUGGUUUGGUGAAAUGGAUAUAGACUUUGAAGGUGAAACGUAUACUUUUUUAUCCCAUCAGAUGUUUUAGGCUUUAUCCAUAUGUAUACAGCAGUCACUUGGAAAAACAUGAAGAUGCCCUUUGGAAAAAUCCUGUUGCAA